CGGAGCAGGUGAGCGCAGCGCCAGCAUCGCUCGCGCUCUCUCUGCUGCGCUCUCAUUACGCGCAGACUGUCCGCCGUAGCGCGCAGAGCAGACAUGGGCAAACUGCAAGAAUUUGACAUCACUUUCACCAACAACAAGGUGGUGUACAGCCCGGGGGAGUCUAUCACGGGAACACUCAAAAUAAGGACGGCCAACUCGCUGCAGUACAAAGCGAUCAAGGUGAACUGCCAGGGCUCAUGUGGAAUCUCCAACAAAAUGAACGACGCGGCCUGGGCGGUGGAGGAGCAGUACUUCAACAGCACCCUGUCUGUGGCUGAUAAAGGGACGUUAUCCUCCGGAGAGCACACAUUCCCAUUCCAGUUCGUCAUUCCAGCUGCUGUGCCCACGUCAUUUGAAGGUCCGUUUGGGAAGAUCGUGUACCGCAUAAAGGCCGCCAUCGACACACCGCGCUUCUCUAAAGACUACAAAGCCCAGCGCCAAUUCUACCUCCUCAACCUGCUCAAUCUGAACCACGUCUCCGGCGUAGAGCAUCCUAGCUACGCUGUGGUCACUAAAAAGUUUAACUACCUGCUGGUGAAGACAGGGACACUAAUGCUGAAGGCCCGCAGUGACCUGAGGGGCUACAUCCCAGGACAGGUCAUCAGACUGUCCACAGAGAUCCACAACAAGUCCGGGAGGGACACGGGCUGUGUGCUGGCCAGCCUCAUACAGAAAGUGACGUACCGGACCAAGCGGCCGGUGAUGGACUUGCGCACCAUUGCGGAGGUGGAGGGGGCGGGGGUGAAGGCGGGCAAACACGCCGAGUGGAGAGAGCAGAUCAUUGUACCUCCCUUGCCCCAGUCUGAGCUCGCCGGCUGCAGCCUCAUCCACAUCGACUACUUCAUUCAGGUAUCGCUCAAAUCCCCUGACACUGUUGUGACCCUGCCCAUCCACAUCGGGAACAUCGCCGUGAACCUGUCCCCAACCAGAGUCCCAGACCCCGUCCCCUCCAGUCCUGUGGGCGUGGCUCCGAGUGCUCCGCCCUGUGAGGACAACCUGGGUGACCUCUGUGCGGGGGGCGUAGCCAACGAGGAGAUCCCCACUAAGAGCCACUCCCAGCAGGACCCAAGCGGGCAGCCCGUCACCAUGUUGCCUGGAGCGGCACUGCCCCCUGCAGGGUUGUACCCCGACCUGUCUGCACAGCUCUUCUGUUUGUCCACGGGAGCCACCAUUCCUUUCUUCACCGAGGGAAGUGACAUCACACCCAUCCCCACGUCCUGCUCCCUCAUCCUACCCCCCGAGUAUAGCAGCUGGGACUUCCCUCAAGAACCCCCUCCCACAUAUGAGGAGAGCUGCAGUACGGCCAACUCCACUCCAGUCAACAGCAGACAGUAAACUAAAGCAGUGUCAUCAGGCCCCGCCCACAGACCCCUCGGGGCCAAUCAGGACCCCUACUGUCUGGAUGCAGGUCACCGCUCUAAAGACUCUCCUGUUCUCAGACAAUGACUUUUGAAUAUUGUUCUCACUGACAGCAGGUGAACUACACUGUGCCUACACCAGGAGAAUGGGGCUGAUAUGGGAUUUUUUUUGUUGUUGUACUUUGAUGCCUUCAGAAAUUUUGAGCCCAAAAACUCAGAAAUUCAUAUUGUUUUGUCAUAAAUUUCUGUUUUGUUUCUCUGUAAGGACCAAUAGAAACCUUUCUUUU